GAACCGCAGCCCACCGUCAAGAUGGUUUCCGCCAAGAAGCACGUCCCUAUCGUCAAGAAGCGCACGAAGCGUUUCGAAAGGCAUCAGCAUGAUCGCUUCAUGAGGGUAUCCCCAAGCUGGCGUAAGCCAAAGGGUAUCGACAGUCGUGUCCGCCGUCGAUUCCGUGGUACCAUUGCCAUGCCCUCUAUCGGCUACGGAUCUAACAAGAAGACCCGUUACAUGGCUCCCUCCGGCUUCAAGGCUUUCAUUGUCUCAAACAAAUCCGACUUGGAGCUCCUUUUGAUGCACAACAAGACCCAUGCUGCUGAGAUCGCCCACAACGUUUCUUCCCGAAAGCGAGUUGACAUCAUCGCUCGUGCUAAGCAACUUGGAGUCAAGGUCACCAACCCCAAGGCCAAGGUUACCACCGAGGUUUAAAAGGAAAUGGAUCGGUUUUUGGGCUGCUUUACGGUUAUGCAUCGGAAGGGGGAUUGCGUUGCUUGCGGUUCUGGCACAUAAAUUAUGCAUGCUAGAGAAUAAAAAAACGCGCCGUUGAACGACAAGGAUACUGGCAUCAACCGCUUAAACAGCAAAUCUCUCGGAGUCAGAGGGGCAUGAGAAACAUCCAUGGUCUCUACUCCAAACCGAUGAGGGCGCUAAGGAGGGGUUAAGUAAAAAGCCUUGUGCAUUACAGGCGAGGCUAUGAAAUAAAAACAAAACCCCUUUGAGGGCCCC